CGGUCCGCCCCCUGCCGAAGCUGCGCUGGCUGGAGGGGAGGCUGCGGAGCGAGGGCUGGAGAACUGUUUCCAGGCACCUGGCCUCCUACCAUGUCUGACCCCAUUACACUGAAUGUCGGAGGAAAGCUCUACACCACCUCCCUGGCCACCUUGACCAGCUUCCCAGACUCCAUGCUGGGCGCCAUGUUCAGCGGGAAGAUACCCACCAAGAAGGACAGCCAGGGCAACUGCUUCAUCGACCGCGAUGGCAAAGUGUUCCGCUAUAUCCUCAACUUCCUGCGGACCUCCCACCUGGACCUGCCGGAGGACUUCCAGGAGAUGGGCCUGCUCCGCAGGGAAGCCGACUUCUACCAGGUGCAGCCCCUGAUCGAGGCCCUGCAGGAGAAGGAGGUGGAGCUCUCCAAGGCCGAGAAGAAUGCCAUGCUCAACAUCACCCUGAAGCAGCGCGUGCAGACGGUCCACUUCACCGUGCGGGAGGCGCCGCAGAUCUACAGCCUGUCCUCCUCCAGCAUGGAGGUGUUCAACGCCAACAUCUUCAGCACCUCCUGCCUCUUCCUCAAGCUCCUGGGCUCCAAGCUCUUCUACUGCUCCAACGGCAACCUCUCCUCCAUCACCAGCCACUUGCAGGACCCCAACCACCUCACUCUGGACUGGGUGGCCAAUGUGGAGGGCCUCCCGGAGGAAGAGUACACCAAGCAGAACCUCAAAAGGCUGUGGGUGGUGCCCGCCAACAAGCAGAUCAACAGCUUCCAGGUCUUCGUGGAGGAGGUGCUGAAAAUCGCCCUGAGCGAUGGAUUCUGCAUCGACUCUUCCCACCCGCACGCUCUGGACUUCAUGAACAAUAAGAUCAUCAGGUUGAUACGGUACAGGUAGAAAGUCCCCCACCACCACACCACACGGGGGAGGAGUCGGCCUGGCUUUGAGGAGUGUCUCACCAGGCACGAGGCAGGGGACCUACACUAAUCUGUAUUAAUUGCAUAGCAGGGCUUGAUUCCGCAUGAUGAAGUCCACCUUCGGGAAUCCACGUGUCCUCCAAACGAAACCACCUUUUCUUGCCAUGUUGAUCUUUACUAUGACAAGUGAAAAGUCAGCUGAUGCACACAGGAGGCGCCCACAGGACGACCCUCUGGCCAGGACAAAGGAGGAGCAGUGUGCUCAAUACCCCAGUUGGUGCCUCGCUUCCCCAUCUCCAGAGAGAGCCCUGGCUGCUGAUGGGGAGGGUGGGAACCAGGGGCUCCUUUGCGUUUCCUAGGACGUAACUUGUGCGGCGAAUCCCGUCACACCUGCUCCUUGUUUGGGUGGUGCGGAAUGCCGUAUGUUCCUGGAACCCUUUGUGAUUCCACUCAGGGAGAAAGUUGAGCUGGGCUGUGGCCUAGAGGACGUGUGUCCAGGCUCCAGCAGGAGGGAACGGCCCUCCUAAAGAGGAUGGAUGAAGGGUCCUUGGCUUCAGAAACUGGGCGCUUUCCCUGCAAAGAUGUGAUAGUAUUGGAGUCAGGAUGAUGAAAGACCCGUCACGAUCCUGCCCAUGUCUUGACUUCCCUAGCCCUUUUCCCAUGAAUUGGAAGAGUCACUCAACAGUCAGUUAAACCAAUAUAUUCUGGACUCUCAGGGUUGGAAAAUAAUCCAGAAGCUUUUAGUUCUUCCCCUUCUCUAGGACACCCCAGUACGUCUGGGGACGAGUGCCUCUCCUUGAGUACCUGCAAGGGAUCACGUGUGCCAGCUUGCAUACACCUGGUGACAGAAAGCUCACUCCCCAGGGCAGCUCCUCCCAAGGUUGAGCUGGUUAUCAGGAAGUCCUUUCAGCGUUGACAGUCUGUCCUGCUAGGUCUUCCUCUUCGCACGGAUGUGCGUCCUUGCUUUGACUAGACACUUUGACGGUACCAUUACCCAGAACUCAGCUUCCCUUUGCAGUUUAUCAUUAGCAAAAUUAGCUCCUGUCUAUCCUUGUUUAUGGCCCCCAGGUCAUCAGCCUUCCCCACCAGCAUGGCUAAGCAUGCUCCUGAUCACCGCUGACUGGGGAGAUCUGGGGUUUUGGAACACAGUGUUCGGCAAGGAGUACAGCUCUGUACCACCAGAGUGCCCUGGAGUGAGUGUCCAGCCCUUACCACUCCUCCUAAGAAAGCAGCCUUCCCCGUCAUAACUACCUAUGGGCGUCCCGGGGACACAUUAAGGGCAAGAAACGCUAGGCUGCUACUCCUCAACGGGAGCCGCACAUUGUGAGUCAUCCCUGAAGUGACUAUAGCUUCGAGUCCCGGAAUCUUCCCCGCUGGAGACACGCGCCAGACACAGCCAGGGAAGCCUGGAACAGGAUCCAGGGGUGGACGGAGCAAAGGGUUUCCAUGGUUACACCUGUGCCUGAGGAGCCUUCAUAGUUAUAGGCAAAACCUGGUCCUGAGGCAAGAAAGGCCUUUCCCUGCCUUCAGCGGGAGCUGGUGGGAGCCUGCGGGAGCCAGGAGUCUCCCAGUGGCUGUGGAGCCACUGCACCAGUGGUCCUCGAGAAAGUUCUUCAGAGAGCACAAUCCGGACAACAGAAGCUGUGAUCAUAGUCAAAUAAGUCAAGGGGGGGAAAACCCUCCGAAAUCAACACUGCCCCCCCUUUUUUUCUUCAUCUGUUUGGUGCUUCCUAAUUCAACAGCUUGACCUUAGAGCAAGUGCAGAGCCUGUGAAGCCACUAACACUCUGUGUGACUCUGCAGGUCACUCACCUCACUGAGCCACCUCCAUUUCUUCAUCCGCGAAAUGGGCGUAGAGUACCACAUAACCCUACCUACCUCACAGGACUGUUGUGAGGAGCACACGAAUAACAAAUGUGAGAAUAAACGAUACAUGACAGUUA